AUGGUUGGAGCCGGUGUUGUUUAUGGUAGACGUGGUGAAGUGUUCGAGGAGAGAAAAGGCUCCUUAAAUGACUUCAUUCGGUCCACCUUCGAAAUUGAAGACGUAUUCAAGACCAAGCUUGUUAUGGGCAGAUGUAUCUGUCAUGGAAAGAAGACUCUUGAGACAGAUCUUUUGCUGGACGAUCAAGAGAGCGCUAUGAAGUUCUUGUCUUCGCAAAGAUGCAAUUCUAAGCCACAUAUUCUGCUGAUAUAUGAUAAGCAUGACGAUUCGAGUUGGGAAACAAAUCAGAAACAAAAUAAAGACCAGAUUAAAGAAGAAGUUAAAGAGAACAAUGUUACUAUUUCAAAAAAUCAGUGGAAUGAGUUAGUUUCAUCCAUCAAGAAGGUGGAAUUAUUGCUUGAGAAACAGCAGGAAGAGGGUGAGGAGAAAACCAAGGGGCAGGAAAACAAGCCAUUCCAUGCCAACAUUUUCUGCGACGGAUGUUCUUCACCACAGGAUGCCGACGCAAAGGAGAUUUGUGGAGUAAGGUACAAGUGCUUGACAUGCCCAAACUUUGAUCUUUGUUCCGAGUGCGAAGACAGCGGUUUUGAAAAUGGUUAUCACAAGGGAAAUCACAAUAUGAUCAAAAUCAAAAUGCCUGCCUAUCUAGACAUUGGGUCUCAUUCGAGAAACUGGGGAAGAAUUCGCCAACAGUGCAAAGCAAAAUCCAAAAGUGACAAGGAAGUUGUCAUCGAUAUUCCAGAAGAAGAAAAAGAGCUAUUUGAAAUGUUCGGUGAUAUAGAUAAGUUGAAGGAAAUAGCUAAAGGAUACAAGUCCUACAAGAAAUGGGUUGAAGAUCACGGAGGCGAGGAAAAGGUAUCUGAUAUUUUAAGGAAUUCUUUGAAUGCUCAUACUAAUGAUAGCGCUUCAUCCAACAGUUUCAACAGACCCAAAACCGUCAAGAGAAGGUAUCAUACUGCAUCUAAGGUGAAGCAUAGUCCUGUAAAAGUGGAAAUAACGAGAAAGGAUACUACUGUGUUCUUCAAAUUGUUCAACAGGAGUAAAAAUAAUAUUCCUGGUGGUUUCUCGUUAGUCUACUCUGUAUCGGACAGUGAGGUUCCAGAACUUUCUCAAAAUGCCGAACACACAUUUUCGGAGAUAUGCAACUUAACGAUGGGUCCACAUGAGCUAUUAGUCGAUCAUACCAAGACUUUAAGAUUCAAUUUUUACCCCAGAGUAGCUGAAACUUUGAAUUUCGAAAAAGGAGACAUCAAAAUCGUUGAUCCGAACAAUCGAACUGUAUACAGCUCCACGAAAUGCGAGCUGUCAGGAAAGAGUCACACCUUUUUUUUGAAAAAGCUGCAUGAUAUUUCAGAUUUUUCGAACAGUUUACAGACCUAUGUGGAUACCACGUCUAGCCCCGAGACAUGUCAGCUUCUUGAAAAGGAGCAAUACUCCGAUGGUGUCAUCAGCUCUAAUGUGACUAAUGAUGAUGAGACCAUUCAUUCUGGAUCUAGUCAAGAUUCAAAUUGGGACGAAUACGACUUUUUAAGUGAAAGCGACGUAUGA